ACUAAAAAUUAACCAGAUAUUACUAAAAAUAAACGAUUCUUUGUUUACCCGCACUUUGUUCAAUUUGUUACGGUCAAUUUUACUACGCACCUUACGGGCGACGCUGCGUCGAAGAAAAACCAGUUAAAUCUAUAAAGUAAUGCAAAUUUACUUAUCAGAUGUCGUACAGCGAGCAUAGUAAAAUCAAGCUAAAUAUGAAUGAAGUCUUUAUUCCGUACCAUUCAUAAAUCUUUACGUUAGGCACCCUGCGUGGACGACAAGCUACCUGAUCAACAGGUGUUCACGAUCCAAGAAGUCCCUUAUCUGAUUAGUAUUGAUGCAUUCAAAAAUUUAAAUAUUUCUCUUUUAGGAUAAUUAAAUAAUUCCACACUUUGUUUCAAAAGUUCAUUUAUACUUUGUGAAUUGCCUUUUGCAUCUGGCUUUGCGCUAGUGAAACUAAGGAUUCAAAAAAAAUGUGAUUUUCCAUUGCGUAACGGCAGCUUUCGACCUUUCUGGGUCUCAUCAGUUUGCCGGAGAAGUCAAACAGCUAUUUGCCUUUUUUACUAUUGACAAAACAAGCAGAUGGACUAAAAUGCAUAAAUUUGUAAAAAGUACCAAAAAUUUUAUCAUGCCCGAGCAUUUCUGACCUUUAAUUUGAAAUUUCGAAAAUAUUUUUGAUGAGUUGGCAAUUUUUAUUAGAAGAACAGAGAGACUCCAAUAAAAUAUUAACAAUUUAUAAUAUUAUCUUGGUUAAUUAUCGUUUAAAUUUUACGAUUAACUUUCGCAGAAAAUACACCCGAAAAAUAAAUAAUUGCGUUCUCAGUAAAACCGAUACGGCCGGCAGACAAAGCGAAGAGAGAAAAUGAAUGGAGGUAGCGUUCGGUGGCUACUUCGGGUGCCCAAUCCGCUUUCAUUCAUGCCUUGGAAGGAACAUAGUAGUACGCUCCGUGGUAAGGUCCAAGUAGCAUUAUAAGAAUUGUUUGUGAACUUACGCAAUCAUAGUACGAAGCGAAAUACUAUACGAGCGUUAUUUAUCAGAAUUAAAUUAAAGUGCGAAAUGUAUUUGGAAGGCUUGGCCGCGUUGGUUUUUUUAAAUAUUUGUGCCAGUACGCGAAUACCAUUGGAAGUUUUUCAAAGACAUCCUUCGGAACAUCGGCAUCAUCAUCGCAUAAGUCCUUUCGUCGAAAGUAGCAUCGAAAGGAAAAAACUACAGGAACACGCAGUAAUUAAAAAAGUGUUGUACCAAAUCGGCUCUAGCGAGGAAGAUUUGCCCGAAUGCAAUCCGAGAUCGAUAUGCAACAAAGUUGAUCUGUACCACACGCCGUGGGUUGAACGGCAAUGCAGAUGUCCGGAAGGUCGUAUUUGUCCAAUGGGACUCGAUACCGACGAUGGACAUACGUUCGUGGAGAAAACCAGACAGUACAAGCUGUGCGAAUCGAUUAAAAAACUACCCAAGUGCAGAUUUUUCCGAGAUACCACGUGGUCGAUAACAUUGUACGCCAAUAACGUGACGGAGCAGGUCUUGCACUGUCACUGCCCUAAGAACUCCGUCACCUAUUUGAACAAAGUACUCCAGUCCAAAAGCCAAAUAGCCUUUCAAUAUUUGUUUUCUUGCUCCCCCGAAACGAGGCUUCGGUGUCAGAGAAAGGAACCCUGCAGAUUGUUUACUGUGCGCAGGCGCCAAGAAUCGUUGGACGAAGCUAAUGUGGACACACUGUGCCAAUGCCCUCACGGUCAUCGAUGUCCGCGCCAUCAUACGGACGAAGGAGUAAUAUUAGUGAAAAGUUAUGGAGAGAAGAAGUACUUCGACGACGACUUCUUAGACACGUACAGCGGGUACUGCUUACCUUCUUAGUACCGCGAUAGAUGACGCUUCAGUUGAGGGUUCUCAAUUUAUAUCGAUCGAGACCGUGGGCGGCCAUUUGAGGUGUUAAACGAGUAAUUAUUUUUGGAAAAUAUUGGUGCAGAAAUGCCCUAUCCAACGUUUCAUUUAACUCUACGUCGAAUUUGGUCAGUGCGGCCAAGUUAAUAAACGAAUUUUUUAAUGUAAAGAUCUGUACAAAUUACUCAUAGCGAACCUUCAGUUGUAUAUAUUUAUUUUGCGAUUUCCGCGUUGGUAGCUUUUAAGUUGUUGAUAUAUCAAUGUACAAAUAAUAUUUAAGCUAUAUUUUAUUAUACUAUUUUUAAAAUAAAUCUAGAAAUUUCGCGCUGGUUUCAAUUAUGCCCCCUUUUUUUUAUUGACCCUUAGAACCCCCGCCCCGCGCAUAUUGUAGCGCCUUAACAUUAAAUGAUAAAAUUAUAACUUAAAAUAAAUACACCCGGUUGUUUGCGCGCUUUAUAAUUCGGGAUUAAAAAUGCGAUUGUAGGUUAAUGACCAAAUGUAAACCAUUUCGCUUACGGAAAAUCGUAGUUGCACCUUUUAUCAUGUCAUUAUUUACAUUUUGUGGUCAAACGCAAAAUGAACAAAAUAUUUUGCACUUGUGCCACUUUACUGAGCUACAUAAACAUUCGAUUUCUUGCGGAUUAAAAUAUGAGUGUCGCGUACAAAAUCCGCAAAUUAAAUAUCAAUAAGGAAUUAUUAGGCCUGCAUAUAUUUAUGCACUCGCCGUGUCAUAAUUUAUACGCCGAAUGCUAAUCAACGCGCUAUCGCGUCUUAUUUUCCGCUAAUUCGAGGUUGAUUAAGAUUUGAAGUCGGCCAAACGCGUAAAUUAACUUCCUACGUAAAAAAAAAUAUUACGACGAUCUGUAUGCACGCAUGUAAAUAACUAAAAUAGUUUAGAGCGCAUGUGUCAAGCGCCAUAUGGUCUUAAACUGUUUGUAAAAUCAGAUAACUCAUACCAAUGGAGCGGGCGAUGGCGAAUUAAGUUCGCCGAUGAGAAAAAAAUUACAUUGUGACGGUUUCUAAGUUUAUGUAGCGAUGUCAACCGGCACUUUGGAAUCAGUUAUAUUAUGGUUACCCACAGAAUACUUUAAAUCCGUGUACAGUUAUUGAUUUGCCGAUGGAUUAACUAAACCUGAUUUCGAAUUUGUGCAGAAAACAAGCGAGGAAAAACGAUUUUUAAUUAAUAACGAACUACAAUAACGGCGCUUCGAGAAGAUUCGAAAUAAAAGUUCGAUCAAGUAGAACCUUGCUUUCAAAUAAAAGCAAGACGAUUAAAAUACAGACGCAAAAUGUAGAAAAAACUUUAAAAUAAUAUAAGGAAAUGGAAAAAUUGACUUAUUUUCAAAAUUUGAUAUAUUACGUAAAAGUUUUUUGCAUAUAAAAUAUUUAGAAGAUAAAGAUUUACGACUACUUAAACUUAACUAACCAGUUAAUACAUAAAACAUAAUAAAAUAUAACCCGAGAAUUAAAAAAAAUACAAUCAAUCAAUGAAAGAACGAAAAGAGAAAAAGGGAGAAAUAAAAACAAAAUAGCUAAUAAAAAUUGGGAAAAACAACAUUUUCAUAAUGUUGAUCCCUAAAGAACAAGCAGUUGAAAUCUUAAUCGUUUGAACUUGUUUAUAUCUAAAUUUCUGAAGCGAUAUUAUUAUAGUUUUUAAUUUCAUCGAAAACAAAACUUUUGCUGUUAAAUAAUUAAUGAUUAAGGCCAAUCACAAAUAAAAAAGCCUUUUUUAUAG